AGCUCUGCCCUCGGCCAGCACUGGCAUCCGCCGCUCCUGCCUCGCUCUGCUCAGGAAAAGGGUAGGUGGGCUCAGCACUCUCGCACAAAGAUGUCUUGCUACGACCUGUGCCCACCGAAAACCAGCGUUGCUGUCCCGCAGCCCAUCGCUGAGAGCUGCAACGAGCUGUGCGCCCGCCAGUGCCCCGACUCGAGCGCCUUCAUCCAGCCGCCCCCCGUCGUCGUCACCUUCCCCGGCCCCAUCCUCAGCUCCUUCCCCCAGCAAGCCGUGGUGGGCUCCUCCGGAGCACCCGCCUUUGGGGGCUCCCUGGGGCUGGGAGGCCUCUACGGCGCCGGAGCCACGCUGGGCUCGGGGGGCCUCUGCACCUUUGGCAGACCCUACGCUUCUCCCGCCUGCAGCCCUUGCGCCUUGCCCCGCUACAGCAAGAAGCUGUGGGACACCUGUGGGCCCUGCUAG